AUGCAGAAAGCUAAGAACCAAAGCUACGAAAAGUUUUCUCAGGAAAAUGUCAGCCGUCUCUGUAUGGCAUUGAAAACCACAGAUGAGUCACAAGCCUUCACCACCAACAAUAUUUCUGAAAUCUUGCGCGAGCUUGCACAGGCGAUAAUCUGGGGCGACAAAAAAAACAAUGCGUCAUUUGAUGUUUUUCUUGAGCUAGACAUGAUAACCACGCUGGAAAGUAUAGUAACAAACGUGGAGUCACCGUCCAAUGUGAAAGCGGAGGUGCUUCGUUUUGUUACCUUGAUGCUGCACAACCUUACAAUGAAGGAGAACGUUUAUUAUAUCUGCAGUAAAAAUCACCUUAACAAGAUGAUAUCCAUUGACCUGAAUGAAAAUGACGAUGAACUUUUAUCGGUAUAUGUAUCUUUCUUGAAGUCGCUUGCGCUGCGAUGUGAUGAAACCACGGUUCAAUUCUUUUUCAUCCGACAGCUGGGUGUGUUCCCCUUGUUUGACUACGCGGCCAAGCUGAUCAACACGUCCGACCGUAUGGCCCGUGGAGCCGCCAGGCAAGUGGUAAUUAGCGUUGCGCGGCUUCAGAGUACGUUUCUGACGUCUUUUAUGGAGAAGGCCCUUCCAGACAUUCUUCGAAUCAUAUCGAAACAUGUUUGGCUUGAGAUUGGGAUACUUUCGGAGGCAGUGAACCGCUACCACGACGCCGUUGGUGAUGCUGAUGAUGCAACACCACUUCCCACUGUAGACGCUAUAAGAAGCCUGACGGAGGAUGUGUUGGAUGACUUACUUUAUGUGAACGACCUCUUCGCGGUGUCUUCCACGGUUGUGGAGAGGGAACUCAGACCUGCGCUGGUGACGGGAAUCAUUGACCCUCUUCUGGCCUUGAUUGAGGCACCAAUGAAGUCUUCAACCGUAACGAGGUCAGCAUUCGCUCCUGUUAUGCAACCCGCUCUUGCACUCUGUGUGAUUACUCGGUGGCUUCUCCUGGGGAAAGAAAACAGGAUCCACCAAGUGCUGUUCGACGGACUGCUCGGUCCUAAGGGUUCAGACCCCGCUGAGUGUUUACUUGGGCGCAUCCUUAGUAAGGGGUGUAUGCAUUGUCUCUCUGCUGGUGUUGUCCUGCUUGGAGCGAUCGUGAAUGUUGGGGCAUUCAACGAGCGGGGAAACAUGAGUGAUGAGAGAUUGUGCAAUGAAAUCGGCACUGCUGAUCGAAUCAGCAACCGAGACGACAACGAAGUGGAGGUUUCCCCCUCCAAGAAGCAGCUUGACGGAGACAAAGACCCGGCAGAGUGUUGUAUGGGCACGGCGGUGGAUGCUUUGCCGUCCUAUGAAACGUUCCUGAGGGAUGUGAAGAGCAGCAUGGGAAGCACCGCGCAUCGGGAACCGUGGUGUAUUUGUUUGGUGGGUGCACUUUACAGGUUUAUUACGUGUAGUCUGUUGACACGACUGUCCGCGUUCGAAUUAUCGUUAAACCUUCUAAAAACUUUUGUGCCAGAAUCCCGAGAGCGGCGCACAGUUUCUGUCGCUUUGGCGUCCCUUUGCGAGGGAGUUUUAAGGCGCCGGCUACUGGCGUACUACGACACCUUAAUUCGUCGCAAGGAUUGUAGAAGCGAUGAAAACAGCGGGAACCGGGGCUUAUUAAUGGCUAAUAAAGACUGCUUUCGGUCGGCCUGCGAAACCCUUUUUCUUGAGAUGGAGCGCGUAUGUAAUGGGGCAGAGCCCCGCGUGGAGUACUCCUUUGAUAAACUCGGCCGAGAGGUGGCGCUGCUCCUUCCGCUUUUGCCGUAUGGUGGCUACUCCUCAACGGAGCGGUUGUGCUGUCAGCGGCAACUUACUUCUCAUCCGCAGCGGCUAGCUGAUGUGCAGGGGGUGAUUGGGGACCUCGUCUCGUACCACCACCGGGCUGCACACAGUCCAACAGAACAGAAGGAUAGAGAGUUUAUGAUGUGGGCAAGCGUGCGCCGGAUGUUGUAUGACACGAUGCAACAAGAAGACAGUUUCAUACUUCGAUUAAGGAAGUACGGAGUUCAGCACCGCGUCGGUGCCUCCGUGGGCAGGCUAUCAAGUACCACAACGCGGUUUCGCUGCGAGCUUGUAAAAGUAGCUGUACCUCCUGGGAAAGCUUCAAAAGUAGUACCAAUUGGAAAGCCAAUGAACAUGCUUCUCUUAGAGACAGAGAUCAUUUUCGUGGAACCCAGAGAUAUGGAGUCAACUUCCGCUGCAGACAUUGUCAAUGAGCCCGUGCUGUUCCCCAUGCCGACUGUUUAUGUACAGGCGGCCCUUUCUAGGACGCCAUUCAGUGUAGUAUUCACUUACUUUCAUCCCGAUAACCCCAUGCGGCUCCACGUCGCAUUUCGUCACAGCAAGGUGGCACAAUCAGUCAUUAACACAACUAAUGAACGUUCUGCCUAUUGUAGAUGCCACGGCGCAGCGCUUGUUUGUGGCGCCCUCAACGCGGAGCCACCCCAUUAG